GGCAGUCACAGCGCGCGCCAGUACUUAUAUGUCGAUGCCUCUCAUUACUCUGUUAUCGCGGGAGGGGGAAAACUUGCGAGGAAACUGUGCGCGCGGCGAAAAAACUCGAGAAACCGCAGCAGCCGCCGUCGCGUCGUAACCGCACUCGCAGCCGGUCAGUCAUCGUUGUAUCCGUCGUUCUUCUUGACGCGUGAGUAGCCGAUGUAUAUUCGAUCGACGGCCACGCGUGUUCUCAAUGGCGUCCUCGGUGUCCUGACUCGUCUUCAUCGAACAUAGUGCAGUUUGCGGUAUAUAAGUGUGAUCUAAUAAGCCAAUCCCUCGACUCAUUGAUCGUCGUCAUCAUCUCCUGCUGCUGCUGAGAAAAUAAAGAUCAGCUAUCGUGUUACGUCAUAUAUACUGGGCAAACAACGACAGAAUGAAUUACUCGUCGACGUACAAGCUUGUCGUCGUCGGAGGUGGAGGCGUCGGCAAAUCAGCCGUCACCAUACAGUUCAUACAGAGUUAUUUUGUUACCGACUAUGAUCCAACGAUCGAAGACUCGUACACGAAACAAUGUGUCAUUGACGAUGUGCCAGCAAAACUUGACAUUUUGGACACUGCAGGACAAGAGGAAUUUAGCGCUAUGCGAGAACAAUACAUGCGAAGCGGCGAAGGAUUUUUGUUAGUUUUUUCCGUAACGGAUCACUCGUCGUUCGACGAGAUUUUUAGAUUUCAUAGGCAAAUUCUUCGAGUAAAAGAUCGUGAUGAAUUUCCUAUGCUUAUGGUCGGCAACAAAGCUGAUCUGGAUCAUCAGAGAGCGGUAUCUGUCGAGGAAGCUCAAAAUUUAGCGCGGCAACUGAGAAUUCCGUAUAUUGAAUGCAGUGCCAAAUUACGCAUGAACGUCGACCAAGCUUUUCACGAACUCGUUCGCAUCGUAAGGAAAUUUCAGUUUUCGGAAAGGCCACCACUCAAACCUUCUUACAAGAAAAAUAAAAAAAAGUGUUGUGUCUUAUAGAAAAAGGCCUUAUAAUCAGUCAGUAUACGAUUAUAGCAGGAAAUAAAAGAGAAUAAAAAUAGAGCAACGAAAAAUUUCAGGUAGAGGCCUUCGAAACGAAUUCGAGUAAUGAAUUCACAUAAUCAAAAUAUUUUUUCGAAGGACAUUAAAAAGCAAACAGAUUAACAAUCAUUAUUAUUGACUGUGAGUAUGUAUGUUGUAUGUGUGUAUGACAAUGUUUCCAGCAUGUUGCGAAGCUGAGCUUCACGAUCAAGCUGGAGGCUCCGUACUCGAGCCGAAACUGUUGUUUUUUUUUUAUUAAACGAUAACUAACGUGAUGUCAUAACUAAUAUGUUAGUAAACGUUUAUGUGUGACGAUGCACUAUAGGAACAUCAAAUUAUGACAAAGGUAAUUGAUGAUGUUCUGAGACAGUGUUCCAAAGCACAAAAAUGGUAGAUUAGUAGACAAUAUAGACAUUUUGAUAUUAUUUUAUGGCGUUUUUGACCGUAAUGUUAACUUAAGAUUUUUUAACAAACUAUUAAUACUGCUAGAUACGAUGUAGUGGAUUUCUUAAAAUUUACAGUGGGACAAAUCGAAUUUUCGAUGAUCUCUGAAGAAAAACUCAUAUUCGCAACUUUUUACUCUAAUCAUUCAAUUCCGUGAAGUAUUUACUCGUACAAACAACCCCAAAGCUUCGCAUUUAUAUGAAGCAAUUCUCUAAUAAUGUGUAACAGAUUUUUAUAUAACGAAACUUUAUAACGAUGUAUUUUCUAGAACGGAGGCGCAGUCUUCCUAUUAUAAUGAAGUGCAAUUAAAAUUUUUUAAUUUAAUUUAGAAUCAAUAUCGAAGCGUUGAAAAAUUCGUGAAAAAUUGGAUAAAUUUUAAUAAAAAGCAGUUAUACUGCAUUGUCAUUGAUAAUAAAACAAACAAUGUAAUGUACAAGUAAGACUACUCGUUGAUCGAGUGGCAUUUUCAUUUAUGUGAAAUACCAAAAUAAAAACUCAUAUACGCACAUGACAUUAUGGCAAAUCAUUUGAAUUUCCGCUAUAAUUUAAGUUAUUUACAAUGAAUUAUUACUGUAAUUCAAAAAAUCCAUUUUAGUACCAGUGAAAGAAAUUAACGAUUUGCAAGUGUACCAAAAUGUUUUUUAUAAUUUUGUAUUAACAACUGUAACAAAAAAGUUCGUCCUAUGUAUCUACACUAUAAAUAAACAGAUAAACA